AUGCGCUGUCUCCGACGCAAACUCAACAUCACCUGGCAGGGCAAAGUUCCAAACAACACAGUCCUGGAGAAAGCUGAAACUCUCCGCAUGUAUACACUACUGAAACAAAAAAGUUUGUGCUGGCUUGCCAAUGUUGUUAGAAUAGAUGACGGCCGGUUCCCAAAGGAUCUGCUUUACGGAGAAUUAGCUCAAGGAAAGCAGCCGACUGGCAGGCCCCAAUUAUGCUACACAGAUGUCUACAAGAGGGACCUGAACGCCUUGGACAUUUUGACCUCAACGGAUGAAAAACAUUGGCUUCAGAACGUUCAGCUUGGAGGCAGGCAUGCAGUGCAGCGUGGCCUCUCCGAGUCUGAAGAGACACUUGCCGAAAUGGCUGAGACAAAGAGGCGAACGAGGAAGGCAGGGAGAUAG